AUGGUUCAGAUGCGCUUCGGCGAACCGUAUCCGUUCACUGAUCGCAGAGGAGGCAGUGAUGUGUCGCCAUGGUCAAGACCUCUAACUCAGCCAGAGUGGAAUCCUAGUUAUUCGACGCGUGACGCUCCAUCGCAGCGAAUUCCAGCGUUUGUUGACGAGCACUACGGGAGUUUGGACAGUCAUAUUCGGCCUUCGCCAGUCAGUCGUUUGGAGGAAGGAUGGACUAUGGAA